AGUGAGACACUGAGCCAGACACCUUUCCAGGCUGACUACCAAGCUCACUGAGGCUGAGGCAGUAGAAGGCCGCAUCCAUGGACUCCCACCAAGUGCUGCCGGCUGCCGCGUACCUGCUGGGAACCCUGGUUGCUUUCUGCCAUGGUCAGUCCCGACUGGAUGACUCAGGUCUCCAGGUGACACUAAGUGGCCUCAACUCCAAGUGUCAGGGUAAACUGGAGGUUCAGAUGGAAGGCCUGUGGAGCACUGUGUGCAGUUCCAGUUGGAGCUGGAAGCAGGACCUCUGGAGAAAUCCCCAUCAAGCCUCUGGAGUGUGCCAGCAGCUGGGAUGUGGUGACCCCUUGGCCCUCGGCUGCUUCUCUUUAUUGAACAGAUCCCAGCACCAGAUCCUCUGUCAUGGACCCCUGGGGUCUUUCUCCAACUGCAGCAGAAACUCACCAGCCAAGUGCCUUCCACUGACCCUGAUCUGCCAAGAGCCCCUAAGGAUGACACCUCCACCCACAACUGCUCCACCCACCACCAUGCCGGAGCCCACAGCUCCUCCCAGACUGCAGCUGGUGCCGGGACACGAGGGCCUGAGGUGCGCUGGUGUGGUGGAAUUCUACAACGGCAGCAGAGGUGGCACCAUCCUCUAUGAGGCCAAGGACAGGCCCCUGGGCCUGGGGAACCUUAUCUGUAACGCUCUGCAGUGUGGAUCUUUCUUGACACAUCUGUCAAAGCCAGAGGCAGCAGCAACGCCAGCUCCUAAGGAGCUGAAGGGCCCCAAGCCCUUGCCAAUUCGAUGGGAGGUGCAGAAUGCGAGCUGUGCCUCGCUGGAGCAGUGCUUCCAGAAAACGAUGCCCCCGGAGGGCGGCCAGGCGCUAUCGGUCGUCUGUUCCGGUUUCCAGCCCAAGGUUCAGAGCCGCCUGGUGGGGGGCAGCAGCGUGUGUGAGGGCAUCGCUGAAGUGCGCCAGGGAUCACAGUGGGCUGCUCUGUGUGUCCGUAAUAUGGCCAGGGGUCCGGCGCAGUGGGAGGAGCUGUGUCAGGAGCAGCAGUGUGGCAAUCUCCUCUCCUUCCGUGCACUGGAUCCUGACAAGACCAUCUCUGGGCUCGCCUGUACCCAGGGGAAGCUGUCUCAGUGUUACCAGCUUCAGAAAACGAACACCUGCAAGAGGGUGUUCGUCACAUGCCAAGACCCAAACCCAGCAGGCCUGGCCCCAGGCACUGUGGCAAGCAUCAUCCUGACCCUUGUCCUCCUGGUGGUGCUGCUGGUCAUGUGUGGGCCUCUGAUCUACAAGAAGCUGAUGAAGAAAUUCCGUCAGAAGAAGCAGCGUCAGUGGAUUGGCCCCACGGGAGUGAACCAGAACGUGUCUUUCCACCGCAGCCACACGGCAACUGUAAGGCUUGAGACCCCGAUAACCUCUCAUGUGGACAACGAAUACAGUCCGCCUCCCAGGAACUCCCACCUGUCAGCUUACCCAGCUCUGGAAGGGGCUCUACACCGUUCUUCCACCCAGCCUGACAACUCCUCUGAUAGCGACUAUGACCUGCAAGUGGCCCAGAGACUGUAAGAGACCUUGGAACCAGCAACAAAAGGCCAAGCAGGGCCCUUCUGUCCUGAGGAGCAUUUGCCACUUGGAGCACCACCCCUAUUUCCACCUCAGCCAGCACCUGGACAGAGGCCAAGGUCCUUUGGAAAAACUCCUGGGCCCUGCAGCAGCAGGCCAGUUCCUAUUUCCCCCUGGGGCCAUGACAGCCUGUCUGCUUCCUCCAAGAGCCAACACUCAACAGAGCCUCGAAUCAACCAAUCCUUCUAAGCAAAGACUCCAGUAUCCAGAGGGGUUCCCACCCUCUGGGGAGCAGUGACCAGCGGGGUCGGCUUUCUCCUUGGCCUCUGAGGCCACGAAAGAAUGACAAGGCAGCACACACCUGUGUGGGAGUUUAUUUCUCAAGUGUAUUUUUAAUAUAUUCUUUGUAAAUAAUGUUUUUUUCUAUUUCCCAAGAACUUAAGUACUGCAGUCUGUUGUGUCCAGGGCCCCACCCUCCAGAUCCUUCUGAUGAGAGACUUACUGAGUCCUGUGUAGCCACCAUAAUCUCAGGCUGCACACCUGAGCCAAAGAGACCCUCGUUUUCCCUCCUUCCACCUUCUCCAUCCCUCAUCCAAACACAUCUUCCCCUCCAGAGUGCAAGACUUGCUGGCUAGAAAGGCACUGGUACCCUGCCCCCACCAGAGCCUAGCAUAAAGGAGCACCCAGCCAAUCCUCACCCACUAGGCUUUUUAUUCCUCACAACAGUUAGAAAUCCCAGCUCAGAUAUUUUCAGCUAACCUUCAAACCGAGGAAUUGGAGAAGAGGAUUGGGUAUGUUCCUAGGGCUUAAGUAAUUCCCUUCAACUAAGACAUUCUCUAGAGGUUCCCUGACUACAGGCAAGGGGAAGGAGCCACCAGGUCUAACCCAGGGAUAGGUUGUGUCUUGGUCAUGAAGACUUCAGGCACACAGGUAUCAGUGAUCCGUCCACAGCAGCCAACUCUGGGAAAGCAAAGAGGGGUCACUAGAACACGCUGGGAGGGGAACAGGGAGCUAGGGGCACCAUCAUUCUAGAAAAGUCUGCUAAGUAAUUGCCCUUCCUACAACACCCCUGUCCGCCCAGGCUUCCAUUUGGCGUUUUUUUGUUUUUGUUUUUGUUUUUUUCAUUUUAGCUAUGUUUGUAUAGGCAUGUCUUUGUGUGGAAAUGUACAGAGUCAGACCCCCUGAAACUGGAGGGUCACCCGAUGUGAGUACUGGAACUGCACGCUGCUCACUUGUAAGAGCAGUAUACACUAGGAAUCAGCGCCAUCUCUCCAGCCACAGGCCUCUGUUCUAACGGUACAGUCACAUAGAGCUAGGAACCCAGAAACAGGGUCUGCCACUCACUCACUCACACAGAACGGGAGGAAGGGGGCCAUCAAAGGGAGCUAUGAGGGUGUAACUAGAAAGAGGGAUCCAAGGCGGCCAUUAUCCCCCACAGGUGUCUUUCUUGUAAGAGCUCUUUAGUUUGCCUCCCAGUGGCAUCAAAGCUUCCACAGCCUAUCUUACAGGAAAAACACACAUACACACACACACCAAAAAGUUUAAUAAAAAGGAAUCUUUAGAAAACUGUUUGUGGGACUGAGUCAGCAAAAUGCUUAUCAUGCAAUCAUGAGGAUCCGAGUUCAGAUCCCUAGCACCCACACAAAAAUCUAGGCUGAGCAGCGAGCAUCUCAAAUCCCCGCACUGAGGAGGCAGAAACAGGCUCCCUAGAGCUCCCUGGCCAGGUGGUCUACCUCAGUGAGCUCAGGUUCAGUGAGAGGCCCCACCUGUCUCAAAAAGUAAGGUGGAGAAUGACUGAGGAAGACCUGACGUCAUCCUCUGAUCCCCAUAUAGGAACACACACAAUAAAACUCACAAGCUUUGUGGGCCUGCGUGGAAUAUCCCAACAAGACCCGCUUGGUCACACAGCCAUGUAGAAACAGUAUAUCAUUCCUUAUGGCGCUGGUCAAGUUGUAGGCUCAGCUGGAGGGUCUGACCCCCAGGUCCCCAGGCCAGCACUGCUCCUCCACUAGGAAAUUCAUGGCAAACAUGUCCCUCAGUCGCCGAGGUAGCCCUGUUGUGACCUGGGCUGUCUUGGGGACUCCAUUCUACAUCACAGCCCAGUGGAACAAAGUAGGAUGUGACCCUCCCACUCCUCGGUCCCCUAUCUUCCUGCCCACUUCCCUAAGUGUUACUGGACAACCUCUGAAGUACCCUGUGCACAAGCUAAUCCUAGUGUAUUCUCACAACAAGUCAAAGAAGCUGAAAGCCAACAGGCAGUCCCUGAGAUGACCAAGCAGCAUCCCUGCCUCAGAGCUAGGACAUUCCAAAGCUCUCCCCAGCCAGUGAAGCAGUCUCUAGACCAUAUCUCUUCCAGCCACAUUCUGUCCCCAGGGCCUGUCACUGUUGUGGUACAGCAAGAGGCCUAUGUGAUGUGGUAAAUAUUUCGCAGGAGGUAGGGAGGGCCUGUGGCAGUGUGUGCUGCCUUCUCAGUUAUGAGCCCAAAGGGAGGGAAGAGAACCAGGAUGCCUCGUGCAGUGACCAGACCACGUGGCUCUCCAAGUCCUGUCUUCAUCCUCCACCCCAGCUGCCACCACUCUGGUACAACCCACAGCAGGGGACUUAACUGCUACAAUGAGAUCUGCAACUUAUUCCCGAAGAGCUGCUGACAUCAUCCGGCUCCCUGACAUCCUGUGCACCCAGCCCCAGCUCCUGCCAGGCAACUCAAACACAGCUGGGAGUGAAGGGCAAUAAAUCAGACUGAAGUUGUGUGUCCUGGAGACUUCUAGCACCACAAAGGCAUGGUGCUGGACCCCUGCUGCGCUGCGACUGUGUGGAUCUAAACCAAGUCUUACCUCCAUGUGCAACCUGGUCACCGCACCACUCCAAGGUCUCUCUCCUCUUAAAACUGGGGCUAGGAGGGCUAAGGUGGCUGUGGAAAGGAUCCUAGCAGAUACAUGCCAUAUUCCUGGUGACUGUUAGCACCUCUGGGCAUGUGCCAUAGGCAAUCUACCUCUGUCACCUUGCCAGGAAGAAAAGGCAGAGAGCUGACUUGAGGAACCCUCAGGAACCUGAUCUCCUACAUUCUCCUCGGCUUCAGGGUAACCACCCUGUAACAGCACUUAGAUGAAGCUGUAGAGAACGCAGCCCAGUCCAUAGAAGGCUACUUGGUCCCAGAAACAGUUCGGCACCCCUGUCCCUCCUAGCAUACUCUGCAACCCUGGUUAGAAAGCCAUAAACCACAGCCAGACUGAGGGUGUAACAGAACACUUUAUCUCCCAACCCAGACUGAGGCACAGGUGCCCCCUGGUGGAACUGAAUGGCCAUGCAUGCGGCCUAGGACAAAGCAAGCAUUCCAGGCUUCAAGAAACAGCUAAGGAAAACCAGAGAAGAAAAUGCUAGAAAGAGCCAAGCCCUUUGGCA